UUAAUAAAUUUCUCAACCAACACAAGUACACUAGCACACACCUCAUUAACUAGUCAACAAACAUUUCUAACCAAGAAAGAUGAACUAUACUAUAGAAAAAAGAAAGCUACGAAAGAAAAAGAAAAAGUUGCAAUAAGCAAAAGAAAAGUUAAAUUGUUCCCAUCAUAGAUCCCGUUUCCCUUGUCUUUGUCUUGCUUUCCAUCUAAGCCUCUUACCUCUUUCUCACGUUUUCUUUUCCUUCCAAACAAAUUUGUUUCCAUCUUGCAAGUUUUUCUGUGCCAUCUCUUCUUUCUCCUUUCUCUACCACACAUAAUCUUCAACACCAAUAUAUCCCUUUAAUCAUAGCUUCAACAUGAAACUUUUUCUCUAGUAUUAUAUAACUCUUGUUUGUAUUUAACUGCGAUGCGAUUCGGUUUGAACCAUCAAACCUGUUAACCUAGUGUCUCCAUGGCCCGACCCGAUUAUCCGACAACAUGGAUUCCUUACCUAAACAGUAAGGACUGUUCACAAGGUUUUUGUAGCAUGUACUGUCCACAAUGGUGCUACAUAGUUUAUCCUCCUCCUCCACCACCAACGUUUCAAUACCCUGAUGAUGAUUCAAAACCAUAUUUUUCUCCUCUUGUUAUUGCUAUCAUGGGAAUUUUAGCCACGGCUUUCCUGUUACUAACUUACUAUACUCUAAUAUCCAAAUACUGUGGUCGGAGAGAAUCCUCGGGGAGAAAUAGCACUGACCCGGUUGACGAAUUCACGCAAAAUCGGCGCGAAAACUGUCAAGUUUCGACUUUUGGCUUAGAUGAUGUUCAGAUUAAGUCCAUUGCAGUUUUCAAAUACAGAAAAGGCGACGGUUUUUUUGUUGGUACUGUCACUGAUUGUUCCGUUUGUUUAAGUGAGUUUCAAGAUGAUGAAAGUGUUAGGCUUUUACCAAUGUGUAACCAUGUUUUUCAUCUUCCUUGUAUCGACACAUGGCUCAAAUCGAACUCGUCUUGUCCUCUAUGUCGCGCUAACAUAUUCACUUUGAAUGCUUCAACACUGCAUGUUUCAGUUCCAGUUCCGGCAACGGUUAUUGAGUUUCCUGCAAGAAAUGAAACUUUUUUAGAAGAUGAGCAAAUUGUUGUGGAAGAAACAAGGAUGCAUCAUCAUAGAAGAGUUGAUUCGAAGGCGCUUUCGUUGCGCGCUUUUAGUGAUUUGUGUAAUUUGCAAGGUGGGAGAGAAAGAAUAAUUGAAAUUAGAGAUGAGGUGUGUAGGUCAGUUUCUAUGGAUCAUUCACUUCAAAAUGGUUUUUCAAUUGGUGAUGUGUUGAAUAUGAAUGAAGAUGGAGAUUUUUGUGAAGAAGGAUGUUCAAUGGAUUCAUCAAAGAGACUAAGAGGAGAAAGUAGUAAGUCAAGGUACAAAAGAAAGGUGUUGCAUUGUGUUAAGAGUCCAAUUGCAAUGAAGAGAUCAUUUUCUAGUGGAAGAUUUUCACUUGGUAAAACAGAUAGAGGAAGAAGAAACCAUGAAAUUUUCCCUGUUUGAAAAUUUAUGUUCUAUGUUUAUUUUUAUCUUUUUGACGAUAUAUUAUUAAUAAUGAGAUAAAUCAA